AUGGCAAAAAAUGAACAUUUUAAUGAGCUUGAAGAGGAUAGUGCUCAAUAUGUAGCUGGCUAUAUUUGUAAUCGGUUUGCCAGCAAAUAUCCAGAUUUGAUAAAACAAACAGAUGAUGGUGAUGUUGCAGAAGACUGUUGGACUAAUUUCAAGUCAAGAGGUGGUUUGAAAUUACCAUCAAACAAUUUGAUGGCAGCAAUCAAAUUUCUUGAAAUUGAAUUUAAAUUAGUGAAUGGUGAUAAUAAUACAAAAAGUAAAGGGAUAAUGAAAAAUAUGAUUAAUAGAUUGACACCAAUAAUUCAAUAUUUGUCUAUCCCGCAAGAAGUUAUUGACUGUCUAGUUAGGACACUGGCAUUCAUAAGAAUGAAUAAUCUUAACAAAUAA